UGGUCAGUGUUGGCUAACCCACACAUGGACCGCAUUAGAAAUAUUUAUAUUGGCCAUAUUUGUAUUGUUCAUAGAGUGAAAUCAUCUCGGUGAGAUCUUCAGCGGCUUUCAGGGUCUUCAUCCAGCGACCGCGAUGAACUUAAUGCUUCCGAUGUGGCUGGUUUAUCUCGCUGUAAAGAGCGGUACAGGGCAGUCUAACGUGACUGGCUCCAAUGAAACAGUUAGAGCCGUUGUCGGUCAUGACGCCACUCUGCCGUGCCACCUGGAGCCCCCAUUCGACGUGACCACUCUGAUAGUGGUGUGGAAACGUGAUGGAAUUGUUGUGCAUGUCCAUCGAAAUGGGUAUGUCGCUCAACACGAGAACUUCAGAAACAGGACAUCUCUCUUCCAUGAUGAAAUGGCCAAAGGAAACAUUUCACUAAAACUGACCAACGUAACUAAACUGGAUGAAGGAAAUUACACCUGUCAAGUUCCCACUCUGCAGAGUAAGGUUAUGAGUGGCAACGUUACCCUCAUUGUUGGUGAGUGCAUCUAACCUAGUACAUAUUUAUCACACGGUUUUGUUGAUUACUCAAUUCUGAUUGGCUAAUUACGGCAUUCUACUAGGGCUGAAGGAUUAAUCGUUUUCAAAUCAAAAUGGAGAUUUGAAAGAAUGCGAUGAGCUAAUUGUGAAGACUG